AUGUUAAGUGGUAUCGUACUCGGUAUCGUACACCAGCAAGCCGGUAUGCUAUCGUUUUGUGAUUAUUUCUGGUCUGAGGACCUUGCCUCUGGUCUGGAGGUGCUAUUUGACCGGCUGUACCAUGGUUGUGAGCAAUGCGACUUGUUCAUUCAGUUAUUUGCGUCAAGAAUGCAGUUUGAAGUCAGUCAUGGGAGGCAAUUAUUUGGAAUAGAAGCCGGUAUGAAUAAUUUGAAGGUAGUACAGGAAGAUGAGCAGGAAACUGUGACGGUGGCCAGGGCUCUGAGAGGAAUUUUGCAAGAAAUGUCGCAAGAAGGGACGCAUCACUUGACAAUAGCAUCGAACAUCGAAAGUUUGGUGUUGCAACCAUUCAGUAAGUGGUGCGUGGAACAUAGGGAAAGGAUUCAGUACUCUGAAAAGACCUUGCUGACCAACGUCAACAAUUUCAGGAAAUCUAAGAAAUACGUCAGCAAACUGGAGAAAGAGUACUUUAAUAAAUGCAGACAAUUAGAAGAAUUUAAGAGAAGUAAUUUCAACGACAAUGAGCUGGCCAAUGCCAUGAAAUCAUUGACAGUACAACACAAAUACGAAGAGGAUUUAGCUAGGGAAAAAGAUCACCGGUUUUUUAAUCAAAUAGCAGGAAUAGAUUUUGAUUACAAGACUAUGAAAGAGACUCUUCAACUGUUGUUGACCAAACUGCCCAAAUCUGAUUACAAACUGCCCCUUAUUAGCUAUUCUUUGAGUAACACUAAUAAUGGGGGGGAAAUAACCAAAUUUCUCCUGGACCACAUGUCAUUAAAGGAUAUUGACCAAGCAGAAACUUUUGGCCAGGAUUUGUUAAGUUUGGGCUUUUUAAAAUAUUGUAAUGGUGUCGGUACAACAUUUGUCAAUUCCAAGAAGUUCCAAUACCAGUGGAAGAACACCGCGUACUUGUUCGCCAAUGUGCCAAUGCCCGGCUCAGACGAUACCGUCACUGGUGAAUCUUUGAUAUCCAGGUUUAACAACUGGGACAGUUCAUCAGCAAAGGAAAUCAUUCAGUCUAAAAUCAGUAAUGAUCAACGGGCUACAUCAAUCCAGGCUCCUCAUAUCUCGGAUAGUGAGAGGAUCCUCUUCAAAAUGAUGGAUGGACUUAAAGCGUCAGAUACGAAGUAUUAUCAAGAAUGCUUUAAAAUGGAUGCUUUGAGAUGCUCCAUAGAGGAGUUAUUGAUCGAUCACUUAUCGUUUAUGGAAAAGUGCGAAACUGAUAGACUAAAUGCCAUCAAGAAAGCCACGUUGGAUUUUUGUUCCACUUUGGGCAAUAAAAUCUCUUCGUUGAAACUGUGUGUCGAUAAAAUGCUCUCGUUGGAAAAUGAUAUCGAUCCCACGGCAGAUCUUUUGCAACUUUUGACCAAAUACAAGACGGGAAGUUUCCAGCCUCAAGCCAUUGUCUACAACAAUUAUUACAAUCCUGGUUUAUUUCAGAACUUUGGUGUUGAUUUAGAGACUCGUUGUAGGUUAGACAAGAAAAUUGUCCCACUGAUAAUUUCCUCAAUCUUUUCAUAUAUGGACAAGAUAUAUCCUGAUUUGCCUAACGACAAAGUGAGAACUUCCAUUUGGACUGAUUCAGUGAAAUUGAGUCUGACACAUCAACUUCGAAAUUUAUUAAAUAAGCAACAAUUCCAUAACGAAGGCGAAAUCUUUGAUAUAAUGUCUCAAUCGAAGCUGGGACCAAGCACUGUUGCCAGCGUUGUCAAAAUUUAUUUAUUAGAAUUACCGGAUCCAUUGAUUCCUAAUGAUGUAUCGGACAUUCUUCGGGUACUAUACCUUGACUAUCCACCAUUAGUAAAACCUGCAGAUGACGAUUCAGAUUCCUCUUCUAAGGACCAAGAAAACGACAAAAAAGAGGAAGACUCUGACACUAAGAGAAUAAGAGGUCUUUAUACAACUUUGUCUUCCUUAAGCAAACCCCAUAUAGCAACACUAGACGCGAUAACCACCCAUUUUUACAGAUUGAUUAAGAUUUUAAAAAUGGGCCAAGAUGGCAAUGAAGUGGCUAAUGAAUUCACCAUUUCUAUUUCACAAGAGUUUGCAAAUUGCAUUAUUCAAUCGAAGAUUACGGAUGAUAACGAAGUCGGCUUUAAAAUCUUCUACGACCUGUUGACGCAUAAGAAGCAAAUUUUCCACGAAUUAAAAAGACAAAAUUCAAGAAAUUAG